CUAAACUUGGUUGUUCCCUUCCUUCAUCUCCCCCUUGCCCUUCCUCCCUCCCUAAUUUAUCUCCUUCACCCAUACUCUCCAGGUAUACUAUACACUUGUCCUUUCGCUUCCCCUUCUCCCCCACCCCUCUCUCCCUUUUAUACAUUCGAGCUGGUCCUCAUUUAUCUUCCCUUCCCCUCCAGGUUCGAACACUCUCGCUGCCUGCCGCCUGCCUGCCAGCCUGCCACUUGGUCUUUCGUUUUCUGAGCCUCAUGAUGAUGGAGGUGCUGUUAACGCUGGCCAUUUGAACGUCCGGCUCCCCACCCCAAUGGGUUCCUACGCCAGCUUUCUCUUCAUAUACGUCCUCGGCGGACUUACCUUCCUCCCGCUAGUCCUGUCGCUGGUCGCUCUCUUCGUCUAUCUGACCCUCCCGACUGCCGCUCCGUCCCCGCCGUUCUCCUCCGAUCAGAAAUCAUGCCAUCCCCAAUCUUCUUCGACAACUCUGCGCCGUCCGACCGAUGAUCAUUACAGUCUUAAGUCUGGAACGGAUGAGUUGGCCGAGAAGUUUCAUCGUACCCAUGACUCCGAUGUCGCCGCUGGUUAUUUCGCCGUUUGUCGUGAAUAUGUCCCCGGUGGUGUUAAUGGGCGACCGCCUGAGAGGACCACCCCGGCUGGGGAGGUGAUCGCCGCGGAGAGUCCGAGCGUGUAUCAGGCUAUGUAUAGGAGUUUGUUCGAUCGGAAACAGGCUCCGACGAUCGAGCCGGCUAAGAAUACUCCCAAGAAUGGGAAGCGGGCGCGUAAUGUCUUCUAUAUUGUUCUUCGACAUGGCCAUUUGAUGCUCUACGAUAAUGCGAACCAGGUGGAAGUCCGAUAUGUUAUUUCGCUUGCCCACCAUGAUGUUAGUAUUCAUGGUGGAGAGGGCCCGAUCCCAGAAGGAGAACUGUGGCUAAAGAGAAACGCCAUCUGCCUCUCGCGACGACUGGAGUCGCUGGGUGAUCUUGGAGGACCUACGCCGCCUUUCUUCCUCUUCUCCGAAAACCUGUCCGAAAAGGAGGACUUCUAUUUCGCCAUGCUCCAGAAUCAGGCUCGCAUGUGGAACUCUCCAGAUGCUCCUCCCAAGCAUCAGACGUUUGAUGUCAAACACAUCGUCACCCUGGUUCAGCGCUUGCAUUCGUCCGAGGAGCAACUGCAAACGCGAUGGAUCAACGCGGUGCUGGGCAGGUUGUUCCUUGCCAUGUACAAGACACCCGAAAUGGAGGAGUUCAUUCGGAAGAAGGUCACCAAGAAGAUCUCCCGCGUCAACAAGCCCAACUUCAUCAGCAAGAUUGGUCUCCAAAAGAUUGACAUGGGGGAAGGUGCGCCCUUUAUCAUCAACCCUAGGCUCAAGGACUUGACGGUCGACGGCAACUGUUGCGUAGAGACGGAUGUCCAGUAUACGGGUAACUUCCGCCUGGAGAUCUCGGCAACCGUGCGUAUCGACUUGGGCCAGCGCUUCAAGGCCAGAGAAGUCGAUAUCGUCCUGGCGGUUGUGCUGAAGAAGCUGGAGGGUCAUUUGCUGAUCCGCUUCAAGCCUCCUCCGAGCAACAGGAUCUGGAUAUCCUUUGAAUCCAUGCCGGAUAUGGAUAUGGACAUUGAACCAAUUGUCAGCUCCAAGCAGAUCACUUACGGCAUAAUUCUGCGUACCAUUGAGAGUCGCAUCCGGGAAACUGUUGCGGAGAGUCUGGUGCAGCCGUUUUGGGACGACAUCCCCUUCAUGGACACUGAAUCACAGCGAUUCCGCGGUGGUAUCUGGGAGCGAGAGAUACCAAAACCUGAUACAAAAGCAGAUAUUCCCGAUGAGUCAGGUGCUCAGGAUCAGCCCUCAGGUAGCACCAAAGAGGAGUCGAUUGAAGUACUGAAGAUCAAGGACGAUCGCACCAUGAGCGCCCCUGCGCUUGCCGAAUCUGGCAAUGGCAUCUUAAAAGCCCGCAAGAAUUCCAAGGCCUCCAUAGGAGAUUUGGAGAAUAUUAGUCCAAGCGCUCUAUCUUGUGCGGUGGACAAAUUCGGCACUUCGCCCCCACGGGUAAUUCGGUCUCAGACCUUCUCUAAUGCCGCCGAUCCCGUCCUGACAGCUGACCAUGGGAAGAUGGACCGGGUUCUGUCCGAAACCAAGAGUGAAGAAAAGAGCUAUGCGACCAGUGCUAUGAUCGAAAUAUCUAACCGGUCAGCUCCUGGAUCGCCGGAAAAGACUCCUGCAAGCUCUCCUCCGGUUGCUAGUCAUAUGGUCCCGGAUAGUGUAUCCCAGAGUCGGGAUCCGUCCAUCAUCGAAUCAUCCGGGAGCUUCGAUGAGUCUGCAAGCGAGUUUCCUACCCGGCCGCCCUCUAUUCACCGUGGAAGCGAUUCAUCGAACAACCUCCGGGGUAUGGAGAGUGGUUCUACUGCAUCCCUGGCGAGCAACAAGUCGCGACGUCGCAGCACACUCGAAACAUUGACCCGGUCGAUUACCUCUGCCACUCCCUCAGAGAGCAAAUCCCCUGGCCCGCUAAAUACGGCCACCUCCGUGGCCAAGAAGUGGGGAUGGAACAUGUUCGGCAGAGGCGAGUCUAGCUCCGCUCACGAUAUGUCUCGUCCUGCGGGCACUCCGGAGCAGCCGAUAGGGCGUGGACACCCACUCCCACCCCCGGGGACUCCAUUGCCGCGUCCUGACAAGGUGGGAUAUAAGAGGAACACCGUAGCGGUUCCCAAGCGUAAACCGGUGGCGUUGUCGAAUGUUCCCGAGCAGAAGUCGGAUAGGGAGAACAAGAGACCCGUUCCCAAGCCACCUCUACCCAGACGAAAGCCAAUUUAUCAACCCCAGGCGGAGGGGGCUAGGUCGGAUGAGUUACUUGUGGUCGAAGCUCCAUACGAUUCGGGACCAAACAGCCCUGUGGUGGACCUAUCUCCUGAAGGAGCAUCAGCAACCGAGUCGAGCACUAAAGGCUACAGCUCAUCAACGAAAAUAGGAGAGUCGGCUGCCAGUCGCGAUAGUGGGGAUGGUGAAGGCGAGCUUGAGCCGGUAGAGCAAGGGCCUGCGGCUCCUGAUUCGAAGCCCAGACUUGACACGGAGAAACAUGGCAUGGAAAUCCUCUCCGCUACGGACGGGAUUAUUCCAUGAGGAAGAACACAUUAGUGACAUGCAGCAGAAAGAUACGGGGAACAUAAUAACGGAGUGAUGUCGCAUUUACCCUUGGCAAUGCAUAAUGGAAGCUCUGCAGUGCAGGGCGGUCUCUACAGGAACGGGCGUUUUCAUAUGGACAGGGAGGCGUGAACUGAGUCCGGUGCCGUGGUGCAGGAUGAUGGUUCCCUUCCUUGGCUUCUCACCCAUGGUAUACCCUCUCAGCUGGUUCUUGAGCGUGCUUGACAGUGUCUGGCGUCGAUUGCGAUCUGGUGUCAAACUCCCCAUUCUAGUCGUAUAUUUAUUUGGUUUUUGAUUGCUUGAUAGAUGGAUGGUUUCUUAGUAAUUCAGAGCAGAACAUUUUCCUCAA